CUAGACUGCAUUACAAACAGACGAUACCAUCGCUUCAACAGCAUCCUCUCAGACAAGAGUUACUUCUAAUGCCAGGUUUAGAAGAGAAGCCUUCAAAAGAAACGUCCAGAUUUUAAAAAGGGAUCGACCUGGAAGGCCUUAACAGAAAGUCUAAGGAUUAUUUCCAUAAAUGCUGGGGUGAUCCUCAACUAGCCCAGCCACUAUUUCCUGAUUUAGAUCACCUGUCAUCGAAGUUUAAAGAAGGGGAAACAGGAGACAGAAAUACACUGAACCAAAAAGAUUCAAAAGAGCAAUAUAAGAAGUGGAAUCUCUAAGAAUGGCUUCCAGCCACUGGAAUGAAACCACUACCUCUGUUUAUCAGUACCUUGGUUUUCAAGUUCAAAAAAUUUACCCUUUCCAUGACAACUGGAACACUGCCUGCUUUGUCAUCCUGCUUUUAUUUAUAUUUACAGUGGUAUCUUUAGUGGUGCUGGCUUUCCUUUAUGAAGUGCUUGACUGCUGCUGCUGUGUAAAAAACAAAACCGUGAAAGACUUGAAAAGUGAACCCAACCCUCUUAGAAGUAUGAUGGACAACAUCAGAAAACGUGAAACUGAAGUGGUCUAACACUCUACAGAAGAUGAACAAAAUCUCUGAAAGCAGCCCAACCUCUUCUGAGAAAAAAAAAUCUUCUGAGGCCAACUGUUGCUACAAAACAAAUUCUGACUGAAUGAUUAAAAGAUUUCUAGUAGAAGGGGAAAAACAAGUUAAAUAUGCACUGUUUGUGUGUGUAGCCAUUUCAUUAAAUAUACAGUAAAACUUCAUAAAUGUGAAUUUACUAAUCUGUUUAAUACUGACACUUCAAAAACUGGAUAAAAGAUUCCUAGAGUUCAAUAUUAAGCAGCAAAAGGUAAGCUGGAAAGGACAAGCAAGGCUAAUGAUGCUAAAAUGAUUUUAUAACUAACCAACUCAUGUAGACAAAAAA